CGCUAACGCAAGUGUACGAGCACAUGGGGGGUCAAUGCUCAGGCGCUAACGCACACGUUAACACCGAGGCUGGAAGAGCUCAUCGGAAAGAGAUUCCAUCUUCUUCAUCGCUUUUCGCUGGUUGGUUGUCUUUUCGACGUUGCUCUCCACUCUUGCUCUGCCUCGCAGUCACCAACAACACGAUGAUGGUCCGUGUGCUCGGCCUGGUUGUACUCGUCGCUCUCGCUGGCGUCGCCUCGUGCGACUUUGUGCGGAAGCUUGGGGAAAAGCCUGGUACGCUGCGCUUACACGUCAUCAUAUGUCUGCUUGCUGUGAUGUUCAUGCACUCGUGCGUGCAGCUGAUGAGCCUGCGCCGGCCCAGUGCACGAAGCCCGCCUUCAGCACCCCAUUCGCGGACUUCAAAAAACUCAACAUCAAUGACAUCUUCGUGGCAGGGCCAAACAGCGUCGUCAACGCCACCCUCCCCGCGAGCAAGAUGAAGAAAAAAGAAAAGGUAACACACACGCAGGCGCGCAGGAGCCCACGCACACUCCGCACACUCAUGUGUGGAUGCACUCAUGCACAUGAUGCACGCGGGUGAUGUCCCUUUGCGUAUGUGCAGGGUGGUGAUAAGCCGAUGAAGCGUUGCGCUGCUCAUUCGCGUGGUGAUGAGCUGGCGACCCAGGAAGCGUACUUACUGGAAGAAGUCUGCACGGAUUGGUAAGCAUCUUGUCUCGACAUGGAAUGGCAGGCAUCAAGCGCAGCGCGUGUGAUGGUAUGGUGUGUGCUUUUGCUUCCUCUUCGAUCAGCUGGUGCUAUUCUGUCGGCGUGAUCGAAAUUUGUGGCUAUGCUUGCCUAGAGCUUUGGGACGACGGCGAGGUUUUCAUAGCUGUGUACGACUGCUAGGCUGGCACUCACAUACAGGCAUCACCCAUGAGAGAGUAGGGCGGUAGGUGGGUUUGAUUGAUAAGUUAGUCGGCUCAAAGAAGAGCGACUGACUGGUCGGCCCGCCGUGCGCACACAAAUACAGUGAGUGACUAAUUGAUGCUGUGUGUGUGGGGAUGUGUUGGGUUUAUAAUGAUUCACGAGCGUGUAUGUGUACGCGGGAUAGGAUGGCUUUUUUCGUUUCUUCGUUUGUCUUGAUGCUGUGUGUGUGCAUGCUGCGGAGACUGUCUGCACAUGGGCGAGUGGGCAAGAGCCUGUCGAUGUGGGUCAUCGGCAGCAUGCAUGCAUAUCGGAUGUGUCGAUCUGCGCUGAGUCAUAUUGACUGUCUCGUGUUGUCAUGGUGGCAUAGCCGGGAGGGAGAGAGUGUAUGGCUAUCUAUUACCUUUCACACAGCAAUUGUUUUUACCACGGCCACUCAUUCACUCAUUCACUCAUUCAGCUGGCAUGGCAUGGUGGUGCUGGUGACGGGACGUUUGGGUGGCAAUGUUUCAGUCUACUUGAGAGUGCGUGCAAUUCGUUCGAGUGCUGCCGCGCCAAAAUGAUGCGCCCCCACUUGUGGAUGUACGCACUUUCGAUGCGUGGAUGUCUUGUCUGCAUCCAUGAGGGACGGUAGUGAGGGCGCUGUUUCUGCCGCCCGACCACGCGCGUGUCUGGCUUUGUUUCCUUUGCCUUGGGUGUUUCCGUGCAUCCAUGUAUACAUUCUUCUAACCUUCAUUCGUCGGGUGUGCCUGUGGCUUAAGCUGGGAUUGGCUGAGUGGCAAGAGCAUUUUUUGUCCCUGUCGAGGUGUUGUGUGGCACACGCUGCUGUGCUCUUUUUCGUCGCUGAUGUGAUAUGGUUGCUGUGCUCUUUUUCGUCUGUGCGGUGGCGUUGCUUCUGUCACCUCUCGAUGCCUUCAUUCUGGUCCUCCCCUACGCUGAUGGGGGAGAGGGUGCCUUUGAUGUGACUCGAGUACCGUGUCAUGUGGAUGCAAUUAAUGGCAUUGAGGGUACUGAUGGGUGUUGUUGUCCUGCUUGUUGUGCUCUCACAUGUCGGCCCGCUGUCUGAUCUGUAUUUGUGUGUCUAGCUGAGAGCCUGUUUUUCGUCGCCCGCCCGACUAGUAAGCUACUAACUGUCUUGUAUAUUCAUGAAGCAGGUCGUAGGGAUCGAUAGUGACUCGCCCGUGUGCUGUGUAUGGAAAAUGGUGCUUAGUGUGGCUGGUGUGGCUGGUGUGGCUGUCGGCAACACAGUGAGGCUCGCUGGCUGAUCGCCUGAAUGUUUGUGGGACUUUCGCGGGACCCAAACCAAGAGACACAGUGGCCAAGAGACACAGUGAUUAGACAGUGAGACGUGAGACCAGUGAUAUAUACAUAUCGUGAAAGGGCUUGAAUGUGUGGCGCGAGAGCCGGCAGUGUUGAAAGAAGCAAAGCGCAAACGGAGCAAAGGCUGAGGAUCGACGUCUGUCUUCCGCCCAUUAAGCUUAUUUCAGAUUCACGCCUUCCUCUCUGCUUCAUCACAAGUUUGCCUGGCUGAGUGGAUCAGCCACAGGAGACAACAUACACGCAGCCCGGUGGGACACACAGGAAUUUUGCCUGAUGACUGAAGGACUGACUGAUUGACUGACUGACUACUUCUCGGCCCCGUCUCUGCUGGGCACUCGGGCACUUGCACACCGGGUGGGGCGGGUUGCCUUCUGUCCUGUCGUCUGCUGCCCUUAAACCAAUGUGACUUUCGUGAACAGCGAAGCCGUUGCCUUUGUUGGGUGGUGUCUGCGUCAUGUGAGACACUCAUCCGAUGACGCAGUUGUUCUCUCUCCUCUACAAGAAAGGGGCAUACUACAGAAACCGGGUGG